AGUACAGUACUGCAUAUAUUUGCUUUAUCUUGAAGGACCAUUUCGGAAGUUUGUCACUCUCUGCUGUUGCUCGACUACCACAUCCUUCUUUUGCUCAGCAUCCGAGAAAUAUUUUCACAUCCAUUCCUAAUAGUACCAAUUGCCAUUUUAACCUCGAUGUAUUGUGGAAAGUACGUGUUAUUCAACGAAAAACCGAGCCAACAAGACUAAAAUGAAAAAUUCCUGUACGUUUAAUUUUACCCUGAAGGAUCAUCCCGGAAAUCACACCGCUAUCGGUUACCUUGACACAUCAGUCGUAAAAAAUGGCGACCAUAAUCACCCAGGCAAGGAAUUCAAAAAUCUCUCAACUUUGAUUUCAACGAUCCAAGUGGCAGCGGACUUAUUUUGUCAAUCUCCGGGGAAGCAAUAUUUGCUUUCCAUUGUGGCCGAGGAGAAGGCGUCGUGCAACCCUGCACAGUGUGACGAUGGAGUGCAUGUUCAUCAUGAACCGGAUGGGCUCUCCGGGGAGCCCGGCUGCAGCCCAGCGGAGGCGGAUGGCCCUGGGGGUGGUCAUCCUCCUGCUGGUGGACGUCAUCUGGGUGGCCUCCUCCGAGCUGACAUCAUACAUUUUCCGGCAACAGGAGUACAACAAGCCCUUCUUCAGCACCUUCACCAAGACGUCCAUGUUUGUGCUCUACUUGCUGGGGUUCCUGCUGUGGCGGCCCUGGAGGCAGCAGUGUACCGGCUCGCUCAAACGCAGACACGCUUCGCUUUUCGCCGAUGCGGAAGUCUACUUUGCUCCUUGCGCCAAUGACGCCCCCGUCAACAACUGCUUGAGUGAACCACUGUACGUGCCCGUCAAGUUUCAGGACGUCCCCGCCGAUCCGGCCAACUGUUUGAUGGACACCGAUUGCGAACCCGCGGCUUGUAAAAAGCAGCGGGUGCGUUUUAGCAACAUCAUGGAGGUGCGCCAGCUGCCCUCCACGCAAGCCCUGGAGGCCAAACUGUCCCGCAUGUCCUACCCGGCCGCCAAGGACCACGAGGCCAUGAUGCGCACGGUGGGCAAGCUGACCAUCGCCGACGUGGCCAAGAUCAGCUUCUUUUUCUGCUUUGUGGUGACGCCGGAGUCUUUGCUGCUUGCGGGAUGA